AUGGACUUGGCGCCGGGGUAUAAAUCAAUCCUCGCCUGCAAUACCAUCCCACCCUUAACCACCUGGUCGUCGUCGCUCCAGAAUACCUCCGUCAUGGCCUCCUCCUUCUCCAUCGCCGCCAGCUUCGCCGGCGCAGCGAGUCUUCUCCUCUCCUCUUCGGGAGUGCAUGCCCAGGUUGCUGCGGCCCAGAGGGCGCUCCCCGCGAAAGCCCAGAUUAUCGACCAAAAGAGCUUCAAUGUCUUGGAGGUCGUCCCGCCUCCGUUAGAAUUCAAUGCUUCUUCGGAAUUCCUCUGGCCGGGCGUCACGCAUGAAUCUCUCACUGAGAAGCCAUUCCACAUUUACGACCCGGAAUUCUACGACAUCAUCGGUAGCGACCCGUCGCUGACUCUCAUUGCGACCUCAGAGACGGAUCCCAUCUUUCACGAGGCAGUCGUAUGGUACCCCCCAACAGAAGAAGUCUUCUUCGUCCAAAACGCCGGACCCCCAGCAGCAGGAACCGGCCUAAACAAGUCCUCCAUCGUCCAAAAGAUCCGCCUCGCCGACGCAGAGGCUCUCCGUAACGGGUCCCUGGGUACCAAGGAGGUCACCGUCACCACCGUCCCCUCGAACCCGCAGGUCAUUAACCCCAAUGGUGGAACAAACUACAAAGGCCAAAUCAUCUUCGCCGGCGAAGGUCAAGGCGACCGCGUACCCUCGUCGCUGUACCUCAUGAAUCCGGUGGAACCCUACAACACCACAAUCCUCGUAAACAACUACUUUGGCCGCCAAUUCAACUCCCUCAACGACGUCGUCGUCUCCCGCCGCAACGGCGACAUCUACUUCACAGACACCCAGUACGGCUACUGGCAAAACUUCCGUCCCGCCCCGGGCCUCCCGAACCAGGUGUACCGCCUCAAUCCCACCACCGGAGCCUUGACCGUUGUCACCGACGAGUUCGUGUCGCCUAACGGCAUCACCCUCUCUCCGGACGGCACCUACGCCUACGUAACAGACACGGGUAUUUCCCAAGGCCAGUUCGGCACAAACUUUACAAAGCCAGCCACAGUCUACCGCUUCGAAGUAAAAGAAGACGGCACAUUCGAAAACCGCAAAAUCUUCGCCCACACGUCCGCCCGCCUCCCGGACGGCGUCCACUGCGACUCCAAAGGCAACGUCUACGCAGGCUGCAACGACGGCGUCCACGUCUGGAACCCGUCCGGCAAGCUCAUCGGCAAGAUCUACACCGGCACCACGGCGGCAAAUUUCCAAUUCGCCGGCGACGGGAGGAUGGUGAUCACGGGACAGACGAAGCUGUUUUAUGCCACGUUUGCGGCGUCGGGUGUUGCGUUGACGUGA